AUGGCCUCGUCACCAGAUGAUGAUGUUAGCUCGAAUGCUUUGAAUGAAGAUGAUCUAUUCGGAGAUGAAGAAGCACCAGUUAAAAAGGCUCGGGAGCUCAGUGAUCAGGAAUUAGAUUCAGGAGAUGAUGAAGAUCGAGAUGAUAGAGCUCAGCCUCAUGGAAAUGAGGAAUUAGAUUACGAUGCGGGAAGAGAUGCACAGAUACUUGAAGCAACGCUUUGGAGACAUAUAAUCCCUAAACCUACAAAUGGAGAGUUUAGCACAUUACGCCUACCAAAAUUUCUAGGUAUAGAACCUCAUGCAUAUGAUUCUACCAAUUUUAUUCCUCCUAUCUCCGACCAUCAUUCUGAAAGCAAAUCUGCCAAUUUUUCAGCUAGCAGUGUCGCUCUUUCAACCAUACGUUACCGUAGAGACUCUAAGACUGGGGAGUUAGAAAGCAAUACGAUUCUAUGUAAAUGGAAUGAUGGUAGUACCACAAUUUCUAUUGGCGAUCAACACUAUGAGCUGGAAACAAAAACUCUAGCCCCUCCCGCAGAUUCCAAGCCUUAUCAAGAGGUUAUGGAUUCCCACACAUACUUAGCGACGCCCUCAAUCGCAUCACAACUCCUCCUUCUGAUCGGCCACACAAGCAAUCAAUACACUGUACGGCCGAAUAAAGAAAUAGAGGACGAUGCCCUCGAAAAGCUACAGAAAAGUCUUGCAGCUGCCACUCGCGGUGGCUCCAAGGGGGAUGAUAAAGGGGGACCAGAACUUAUCACUAAUGUUGAAGACCCAGAACUUCAAAAGAAAAAAGCCGAGAUUGCUGAGAAAGAACGCAUGAAAGCUCAGAGGCGUCGUGAAAAUGCCGCAGAAAAGUACAACCUACACAAGGCGCCUAUUGGGAUUCGGAAUGGCCUUCAUAUCGAUGAUCUCGAAGGCCGUUCAGGACGAAAAUCAACUGGUACGGAACGCAAAGCCUCCAAACCUCGUCGAAACCGAUCUAGCUAUGAAUCGGAUGAUGAGCCCCGUGUUGGAAGAAGUAAGCAGGAUGAAUACGAUAAAGAAGAUGACUUUCUUGCGGAUAGUGAUGAAGAAAUGGAAGAAAGUGCUGAGGAUGAUGACGAUUUAGACACAGAUGAUGACAACAGGAGAGAACGGCCUCCAACCAAAAAACAGAAGAAUACUAAGGCGACGGUAGAAAGUGACGAGACUGAUGCUGACGCUGAAGCAGAUCUUGAUGAUGACGAAGCAGCAACUCCAGUGAUAAAUGAUACAGCUACUAGAGGGAGGAAGCGAAAAGUCAUCGAGGAUGAUGAUGAUGAAGAAGAUGAUGAGGAAUAG